AUGUCUGAGAGACAUGAAGAGUGGAUGGCAAAAUAUGGGAGAGUUUAUGAAAAUGGAAGUUGUUGGAGUUUCUCAGCAUUGGCAGCCGUUGAAUCUAGCUACUUAUUGAAGUAUGGUGAUCCUUAUGAUUUAUCCGAGCAACAGCUUGUGGAAUGCGAUUAUACUGAUCACAAUCGUGCAUGUAACAUGGGAUAUAUGACAGAGGCUUAUGACUACAUAAUAGCCAAUGGUGGCGUAACCACAGAACAAAAUUACCCUUACGUAGCAGGUCGGCAAUAUUGUGACAGAAUAAAGGCAGCUCAACCUGUUGCUCAACUCGCUUACUACCAACUUGUUCCACCUAACUCUGAGGCAGCGCUGAUUCAGGCAGUAAAUAUGGCGCCCGUAUCUGUUGGCCUUAGUGGGGACGAGACAUUUUUUCAUCACUACACUGGUGGUAUUAUCACAGCUCAACACUGUAAUCCCACAUUCAACCAUGCAGCAUUAUUAAUCGGUUAUGAUACUGAUCCUUCUGGACAAGAUUAUUGGUAA